AUAGUGUGUGUAAGAAUGGCACGGCCAAACAUGCCAUGCCAAAUACACACUUUUUGUGGGUGUAUCCAGCUGGAAAGUGGUGUGCUAAUUAUUGGAGUAAUAUCAAUGUUUAUUUCAUUGACGGAGCUGUUCAGGAUCUCACUUCACUUCGUAGACUUUGAAUUGUCUCUCAGACAUUGCCAAAGACUCCUGAAAGAUCUGAAGAAAGCAGAGGGAGAUGAGAAAGUUGAUGCCAGUAUCGGGAAUGAGACUCGUGAUAAAUGCCCUAAUGAAAAUCUUGUGAAAACAAUGUAUUUUUCGUUGGGACUUCAAGCUAUUCUCUGCAUUAUUUGCUUUAUUGUAAGUGUGCAGUUGGUGUAUGGUGUUAAAAUGGGCAGACCCAAGCUGUUGUUACCGUGGAUGUUGUGGCAAGCAGCCCCAAUCUUUUAUGCUUUCAUGAGCAUCUUCACACCAUUUAAGCCACCAGUGCCACUGAACUUGAUUUCUUUUGUAAUUGUGGUGUACUUCCUCCUGGUGGUGUUUUCCUACUACAAUGAGGCCACAACAAGAGAGAGGCCAGUAGCAGUGACAGUUGUGGCAGUAACUCAGACUCCAUCUGGAAUGACUGUCAGCAUUCCUUCACCAGGAAAGGAUGAUGCUCCACCUCCAUACCCAGGAUACAUUUCAGAAUUUAACCCAGCAUACAGUUCAACAGAUGAAACAUCAGCCCCUUCAUACGCUUCCCUGCCUAAUUACACAUCUCCUCCUCCUUAUUCUCAUAUUAUUCAACAAAGCCCAGGAACUACUCAACAAAGCCAAGGAAACACAAGUUUGGAGCAUUCAGCACAGAGCUCAAGUCAGAACAGUGCAGCUGCGUCACCAGCUGAAACCUGCAGAGAAGCAGUACCACUGGUUAAGAAGAGUACUCAGUCUAAUGAGUAGACUGCUUCCUGCAUUCAGCUAUCAGAAGAGAUUUGUGAAUAUAACUUGGUUUCAUAAUUACAUGCAAAUGAUAUUAUAUACUAUACUUGCAGCCUACUCUGUGUUUGUAAGCUGUUGUUUGUUGUUGUCAGAAUUUUUCAUGACUUUUGAAUAUGUUUGAAAGAUCUUGAAUUUGAACAAGAUUCUUGUGUGAUUUUUCUUGUACAUGAAGGAUGAGGAGAAAGGAAGACAUUCCUUUAUAUCACAGUCUCCUUGAGUAACAUUUGAGUAAUAUGAGUAUCAUACACUUUAGUCAGUAUUCAAGUGAGAAAGAUAUCAGCUUUAACCUGUUAUACCUGGAAGAUUUUUAAAUUUCUUUUCACCUCUUACCUAAAAAAAAAUUUACUAUUUCAUUUUGAUAUAUCACAUUCCUUUCCAUUUCAAAUUUAGAAGAUAAGGAAAAAAAUGGAGUAAUCACUGAGUUGAGUUAUCACCAAUAUGAAAAACAACAUUAUUGCCAGCAUAUUUUCUUCAAAAAUUAGCUUUUGUUGAGUGGAUCAAAGUAAAUCACUGUUCAUAAUGUAUCAACUAUUUGCUAUAUUUCUUUAAAAAAUGCUAGUCAUGUAUUUUGCACUUUUCAGGAAGCUUUAAUGUUCAAUUUACUUGAAUGGUUUCACAGUGCUACACUUUUCUGGUUUAUGUUUAUCUCAUGUAUAAAAUGGAUAUAUGACAUUAUGAUUAAUACAUAAUUGUAUGUAAGUGGGUGUAGUGGUUGGAUAAAAUGUUACUACCAGGAGAAAGGGGCCUAUCUCAGUUUUUACUAGUUUUCAGAAGUGUGAUCCAAAAUGUUUGCUAAGAUUGCUUCAAUUCACAUCUAUUCUAGCUUGUACAGUGAUGCUUAUGCACCACCAUUGCAGUAAACAAGUUUUCCAUUUUACAAUUAAUGGCAGUCUGGCAGAAUGGUUCAUAAUGUACUGGUUGACCUUACAUUAAAUCAGAGGAUUAAAUUGAAGGGCUUAUAUGUAUGUAAAUACACAC